CUACAGUCCGGCCACAGUCAAAGCACAUUGUAGUGAUCCUGGACCACGGGGCUUCUGUCACGGACACCCAGCUUCAGAUUGCCAAGGAUGCUGCCCAGGUCAUCCUCAGCGCCAUCGAUGAACACGAUAAGAUCUCUGUACUGACUGUGGCAGACACCGUCAGGACUUGCUCACUCGACCAGUGUUACAAGACAUUCCUGUCUCCAGCCACCAGUGAGACAAAAAGGAAAAUGUCCACCUUCGUUAGCAGCAUCAAGUCUUUGGACAGUCCUACCCAGCACGCAGUAGGGUUUCAGAAGGCAUUUCAGCUGAUUCGAAGCACAAACAAUAACACAAAGUUCCAAGCAAAUACAGACAUGGUCAUAAUUUACCUGUCAGCUGGCAUUACAUCAAAGGACUCUUCAGAAGAAGAUAAAAAGGCAACUCUCCGUGUCAUCAGUGAGGAAAAUAGCUUUCUAAACAACUCUGUAAUGAUUCUCACCUAUGCCCUCAUGAACGAUGGGGUGACCGGUUUAAAAGAGCUGGCUUUCCUGAGAGAUCUAGCUGAACAGAACUCAGGGAAGUAUGGCAUGUUGGACCGGACAGCCUUGCCUGUCAUUAAGGGCAGCAUGAUGGUGCUGAACCAGCUGAGUAACCUGGAGACCACAGUGGGCAGGUUCUAUACCAACCUUCCCAACCGGAUGAUUGACGAAGCUGUCUUUAGCCUCCCCUUCUCUGAUGAGAUGGGAGAUGGUUUGAUAAUGACCGUGAGUAAACCCUGCUAUUUUGGAAACCUCCUUCUGGGAAUUGUAGGUGUAGAUGUGAACCUGGCUUAUAUCCUUGAAGACGUGACGUAUUACCAAGACUCUUUGGCUUCCUAUACUUUUCUCAUAGAUGAUAAAGGGUAUACACUUAUGCAUCCAUCUCUUACCAGGCCAUAUUUACUAUCAGAACCCCCCCUUCAUACUGACAUCAUUCAUUAUGAAAACAUUCCCAAAUUUGAGUUGGUUCGGCAAAAUAUCCUAAGCCUCCCUCUGGGCAGCCAGAUUAUCACAGUCCCUGUGAACUCAUCCCUGUCCUGGCACAUAAACAAGCUGAGAGAAACGGGAAAGGAGGCGUACAAUGUGAGCUACGCCUGGAAGAUGGUACAAGACACUUCCUUUAUUCUCUGUAUUGUGGUGAUACAACCGGAAAUACCUGUCAAACAACUGAAGAACCUCAACACUGUCCCCAGCAGCAAGCUGCUGUACCACCGGCUGGACCUCCUGGGCCAGCCUAGUGCUUGCCUCCACUUCAAACAGCUGGCCACUCUAGAAAGUCCAACCGUCAUGCUGUCUGCUGGUAGCUUUUCCUCCCCCUACGAGCACCUCAGCCAGCCGGAGACAAAGCGCAUGGUGGAACACUACACAGCCUAUCUCAGUGACAACACCCGCCUCAUUGCUAACCCAGGGCUCAAAUUCUCUGUCAGAAAUGAAGUAAUGGCUACCAGCCACGUCACAGAUGAAUGGAUGACACAAAUGGAAAUGAGUAGCCUGAACACUUAUAUUGUUCGCCGUUACAUAGCAACGCCCAAUGGUGUCCUCAGAAUUUAUCCUGGUUCUCUCAUGGACAAAGCAUUUGAUCCCACUAGGAGACAAUGGUAUCUCCAUGCAGUAGCUAACCCAGGUCUUAUUUCUUUGACUGGCCCUUACUUGGACGUUGGAGGAGCUGGCUAUGUAGUAACCAUCAGUCAUACAAUUCAUUCAUCCAGUACACAGCUGUCUUCUGGGCAUACUGUGGCUGUGAUGGGCAUUGACUUCACACUGCGAUACUUCUACAAGGUUCUCAUGGACUUAUUACCGGUGUGUAACCAGGAUGGUGGAAACAAAAUAAGGUGCUUCAUCAUGGAGGACAGGGGUUAUCUGGUGGCACAUCCAACCCUCAUUGACCCCAAAGGACAUGCCCCUGUGGAACAACAGCAUAUUACCCACAAGGAGCCCCUGGUAGCAAAUGAUAUCCUGAACCACCCCAACUUCGUAAAGAAAAACCUGUGCAACAGCUUCAGUGACAGAACAGUCCAGAGAUUUUAUAAAUUCAACACUAGUCUUGUGGGGGAUUUAACGAACCUUGUGCACGGCAGCCACUGUUCUAAGUACAGACUGGCGAGGAUCCCAGGAACCAACGCCUUUGUCGGCAUCGUCAAUGAGACGUGUGACUCUCUUGCCUUCUGUGCGUGUAGCAUGGUGGAUCGGCUGUGUCUCAACUGCCACCGAAUGGAACAAAAUGAAUGCGAAUGUCCCUGUGAGUGCCCUCUAGAGGUCAAUGAGUGUACUGGCAACCUCACCAAUGCAGAGAACCGAAAUCCAAGCUGCGAGGUUCACCAGGAGCCAGUGACGUACACAGCUAUCGACCCUGGCCUGCAAGAUGCUCUUCACCAGUGUGUCAACAGCAGGUGCAGUCAGAGGAUGGAAAGUGGGGACUGUUUUGGUGUGCUGGAUUGUGAAUGGUGCAUGGUGGACAGCGAUGGAAAGACUCACCUGGACAAAUCCUACUGUGCACCCCAGAAAGAAUGCUUCGGGGGGAUUGUGGGAGCCAAAAGUCCUUAUGUUGAUGACAUGGGAGCAAUAGGUGACGAGGUGGUCGCCCUGAACAUGAUUAAGAGCGCGCCGGUGGGCCCCGUAGCUGGGGGCAUCAUGGGGUGCGCCAUGGUCCUGGUCCUUGCUGUGUACGCCUACCGCCACCGGAUCCACCGCCGGAGCCACCAGCACAUGUCUCCUCUGGCCGCCCAAGAAAUGUCAGUGCGUAUGUCCAACCUGGAGAAUGACAGAGAUGAAAGGGACGACGACAGCCACGAAGACAGAGGCAUCAUCAGCAAUACUCGAUUUAUAGCUGCAGUCAUUGAACGACACGCACACAGUCCAGAAAGGCGGCGUCGCUACUGGGGUCGAUCGGGAACAGAAAGUGAUCACGUUUUCCAAAAAGACACCUUCCAACGUGACACCUUUAGAAGAUCUCAAGGGUAGUUCUGCUUAUGUCUCUGCACUGCCAGCAUGAGAUGACCCUGGGCACACAGAUGCUUCCUAGGUUUUCUCCGCAAAUAAGGAUUCAGACUAUCUACAUGGGCCCUGCUUACCACCCUACUUGACUCUCAGUGAACUGGCAUCACAGAUCCCACUACCCAACGUUGUUAGCUGGCAAACAGCAGCAUCUGGAGGGUGCUCAGCCGUGUACUCAGCCAGUACUCUGUGCUAGCAUGCCCGGCCCCGAUCCCCAGCCUUACCUCAGGGAAGGCUUCGCCAGAGACGACUUUUGCACUGGGCUUUGAAGGAUGACUAAAAAAAAGUUAGGAGCGAGGGGGCUAGUGUGUAUGGUCAUGGAGUUGCAUGAAGCUGCUCAGGAAGGGUCGAACUGAACUGGGAAGAGGCAUCGAGUGCUACAUGAGCUAUGAUUUAUGAAGUCCAGAUGCUGUACCAAAGGCCUGGUCACCACACAGCUUCUCACCUUCACAGUGUCCAUAUGGCUUAUUGUCACACUGAGCAGCAGAUGUCUCCUGUCUAGGCACCCCUGCCACCAGACCACAAAAACAUAACAAGAGUGUAGAACCUUUCCUAUAACUAUAAAGUCUUUUUAUUUUACAUAUAACCUUAAUUUUCCAGGAGUCUUUUAUUUCCCAGAAUUGGAUUUUUUUAAUGCAUAUAUAUUUUAUGUAUGCCUUUUGACUCUGCUUUCUCCACAUCUACCCUGAAAAAAAAAAGUGUGUCUUUGAACAAUGUGUUCCCACAUCCAGGCUAAAAAAACGCAGGAGUGGUUGGUUAUUCAUCAAAGCAACCAACGUCAUCUUUUACACGAAGGCCACAUAGUCAAACUCCCCUUGGAAAACAGGAGAAGCUAAAACUCCCACUUAUAAAUGGAUACUCUUAAUUUGAGCUUUGAGUGAUUGCACCAACUGAAUAGAAACUUCGGGUUUCUGUGGAGAGUCAAAGCAGAACUUAUAUUUUUCAGUUUCUCUGACUUUCUGCCUGUUUCCCUAAAAACCUUUGAACCUGCAUAAAUUCGUUCUGCCAGGCAGUUCUGUGUCUCUUCUCCUUUGAAUUAUGAAACAGGUUUGAGCUACUGAAGUUCAGCAGAAAUAAUUUCUUAUUCAGCAGAAAUACUGAAUCUCCUCUCCCCCUCUCCCUCUCCCUCUCCCUCAUUCUCCCCAAUAGAAAUUGCUUCCGUAAAAAACUGGAAUUCUGAGUGACGUUUACCAUGUUCCAUUAGCUCUCCCAUUGUCUUAGUAAAAUAGCAUAUGAAGCAAGAGCUUAGAUGAAAGGAACAGUGCAGUGUCGCAUCUGAAAGCCAAGGAAUCUAGCUAAGGGCUUGCUUUUAUUUUUCACGAUAAGUGCAUCCGUUAUCCCCAAGGAAUGAAAAAUAGUUUCUCAUGCAGACAGAAUGCAACACCAAAAGAAGUAGAAGAUAAUUGACAUUCCACCUGAUUCUAGAUGCACCACAAAAUGUCUUGCAUUUACCUGCAUGUUGUCAUAUCCCUAACCUGUAUGGUGGGUCACAGAAAGUGGUGGGCAUCGAGUUAAUGUCCCUGUGAUGCUUAGAGAAUAAGCCAAAGGUACACAUUAAAACAAAUCUAACCUAAUUGUUUUGUCAGCAGGACUCUUGCUUAUUUGUGUUUUCUCCUAUCGGGGGACUAUCGGGGGUCUGCUAAUUGCUGGGGACAGUGCAGGGAGCUGGGGAAGAGGAGGCCUCAUUUCUGCAAGGCAAUGUUGUGUUAGAAGAGCUUAUAUGAUAGGGUCAAGCAGAGCUCACUGGAAUCCCACCUCUCCCCCUCUUUACAAAUUGUAAGACUUUAGUGAAGCUACUUUGGACCUCAGUUUCCUCAUAAUUAAAACAGGAUUAGAAUUUCCUGCCUGGUCAAGUUGUUGUGAGGAAUGGAUGAAAUUACAUGUGGCAGGCACGAGUUCAGGGUCGACCUCCUCACCUCCAUACCCUCUCUGCCCUCAGGAAUUCACAAUCUUGCAGGAAACUGUAAGUGAAUGCAUGUAUUCAUUAGACUGAUAAAAAGCUGAAUAUAACAGCUUCUUUAAAGGAGCAGAACAAAGAAGAAGAUGGGGAGAUAGUUCACUUUUAUCAGCAGGUAAAUCAUGGAAGACCCCAGUGGGGAGGUGGCCUUGGUGCUGGCCCUUGGACUGGUAGGACAGUAGCAGCCAUGGUUCUUUUUUAGCUGGUGAGCAUAUUUCCACAUGAGUCCUUGGGUCGAAUAUACGAAAGGGAACUCAGAAGGAUAAAAUAUAUAAAUAUAUAUGUACUGAAGAGAAUAGACUUACAUGGUGUAUGAUUCCAAGUUGUGAUAGUCCUAUAAUUAAAACUGCAUGUUACCAGUCUAAGGUGGGAGACUUUAGGCUGCAUUUUUAUUUAGAUAUAUUUCAUGUGGCCAACAAAGAGUUUUGUAUUUCAAAGGCAUCUAAUUUUUUUUUGUAUCACUAAUAUACAAUUACAUGAGCAACAUUGUGGUUACUAGAUUCCCCCCAUUAUCAAGUCCCCACCACAUACCCCAUUAUUAUAGUCACUGUCCAUCAGCGUAGUAAGGCAUCUAAUUUUAAUUUUGUAUCUUUAAAGGAAACUACUCAGAGUCAAUUUUUAAAAGUAGAAUCAUUUUUGUCAAUAUUCUAAAACCACUUAGAAUUAUUGUUUUUUUUAGCACUCGGCUAUUUACUGUUACACUCACAAGCAGUAGUUUAAAACAGUUAUUACCUAUCCAUGUUUUUACUUAUGUGUCCACUUUUCCCAUGAUUUAUCUUGAAAAUACCAUGUUCUACCUAAUCAUCAACUGGCUUAUUUUAAAGUUAAAAUUACAAAUAUAUAUUUGUUCUUUGUGUAUCUGUAUCUUGGUUACCAUCUCUUUAGCAAUUUAUGCAAAUGUAUACCAAUCAAAAUUGUUUCUUUAUAUAAAAGGAAAUUUCCCCCUAGUGAAUCAACUUCCAGAAGACUUAAAAGGUGAGUGCUGAACCUUGAAAAGCUGAUCAAACAUGACACAGUGCAGCACAAGACCAUUUUCUAGAGGUGCAGAUGUUCUCCUGCAGUUACUCUCUGUGACCACAAGGUGGUGAGUCCCCAGAGAAACUUAACAUCCCCUACCAUCGAGGGAGGCAUCUAAGUAUAUAAGCAGAAUACCAAAGAGCAAAAGCCUAAUAUUGGCUCUUCUGUUCUUACUAGACAGCUGUCCUCCUUCCCAAAGUCCGUUUCUUGCUUGAGAUCAGCUUUGCAGAGAUUUUACUGUACACAUUUGGACAGUAAAGAAAUUGUUCCUUUGAAAGUGUUUAUGAAUAUACUUUGUGUUUUAGAUAAUGCAUCAUCCUCCAUGAGUUAGACUGAGUCUGUUGUACUCAUCACUGUUCCCAGCGCUCAACAGAAUUGCCUAGCCCUGAGUAAAUAGUCAUUCAUUUAAGUGAGAGCAUGUGUUUGGCUUUCUCCUGCUUCACCACAACUUGCUGCUCGCUCCCUCCAGAUUUUUAUUAGCUAUUGAGAUUAGAGGAAACCUAAAUUGCAGAGGGUUGAGCAGUAGUAACCCUCUCAGGAAAUUAGACAGAAUGGCCCCAGAGCAAGAGGCUCACUUUGGAAGGGCCUUUGUUGGGGCUCUCAUCAGGAAGCUGUAGCAGAAGAGAUGGGGGGGCUGACUUGCCUUGGUGACAGCUGAAUCAUCACCACCACCCUGGGCUGUGACUAGCUGGGUUCGAGCAUCCCUGGACUCAAAGUCAGAACCCCUGGGAAGGGCCCAGUAUAUACUACAACAUCUUCAUUAUAUGAUAAGACUUGGGAAGUGCACACCAGACAAAACUACAGAUAACUAAGACAAAAAAAAUUUCAUCAAUGCCCUUGCUUUGGGACUACAGUGUGUGAUUUUUUUUAAUUCCUUCUUUGUGUGAGACAUCAUAUUGAAUAUUAGGAGUAUGAAGACAAAGUAAUUCCUUGUUCUUUAAGACAGAGUUUGCUAAUGAACAAGACAGCCCUAUAUUUUAUUAUAAUAUGAUAAAGUCUAAGCUGAAGAUGUGUACAGAAUGCCAUUUAAAUUCAACCAUG